GCGUUGAGCAGCACGUUAAACGACCGACGGAUUGUUUGUUCUUCCUUUCAAAAGGCAGUCUUUCAUUUGCUAUUUUGCGAUAUGUGAUUUUGUAUUUGUAGUUUUUUUCUUCGAAACAAAAGAUGCAGUUGAGUGUUUAAUUGAACAAUUUGCAUUCAAAAUAGAUGAAUAAUUAUUCAUAUUCAGUGAGAAUCGAAUUGAAAUCGUAUUGACAUUUCUUUCGUUUGAUGUGGAAACAAAGAGGAUCAUCCCGGGCUGAACAAUUCAUUCUGUUGGAAAUACAGCAAAUCAUGAACUGCGCUUUUUUUUUAAUCAACCUAAUUAAAUAGGCCGCGACGAGUGUGUAUGUAAUUGUUUAGAAAAAAAAAGAAGAAGAAAAAACAAAACAAUUUCCCAAACUGUUAACACGUUAGCCGUGUUCGAUUUAUUGUGCAAUUUGUAUUAUUGACAAUUUUGUGAUUUCCGUACCGAUACGGUGAGAAAGUAACUCAUGUCGAUGAGCGAAGCGAGCGCAUAAUUUCAGUGACUUUAUUUUGAAGUUUAUUUUAUUUUGUAGACAUGUGACAAAUGUGUAUUUUUAACCGAUAUUUUGUUUUUAUAUAUUUGUACGAUUUGAAGAAGAAAAAAAAAAACGAAAUUAAAAGUGGACAAAACUGAACGCGACGAGAAAAAGAAAAGAAAAGUUUUAAAAGAGAGUACGAUGCCUAAAGGUAAAAACAAUUAGUGUUUGCCAGUUGUGUGUCGAAAUUGAGCUACGAAAAAAUAUUUAUAAAAAAAACCUAUAUAGAGAAUAAAAGUGCCAACUAAAAACCAUCAAAUUGGAUAAAUUUACUCGAUUGCUAAUUGGAUUAAGUAGCUGCAAAAGAAAAUCUAAUUGGUGUAUGUUUGACGGAGAGAAACGAUAUACAGGCCAAUUUUUAAAAGUGCUUCUGAACAUUCUGAUUUUAUUCAAAGUAUUCUGUCUUGCUGAAAUACGGUGCACAACGAAGAGACUUUUCGAUGGAAAUGCAUUAAUUUCGUCUAUGAAAAUCCAAUGUACAUAUGCGCAUCAUGUGAAAGAUUUGUUUCAGAUGCAGUCGUAGAAUGUACAAAAUGGGGAAGGUUGAUGGGCGUUAUUAGAAUGGAAAUCCGUUAAAUAAUUUAGUACAAACUGUUCGAAAAGAGAGUAUCGGAUUUUGUUUGUCAGAACAAAAAGUAGACAGGCAAUAGUAGUAGCGCAAACGUGAAAGCGAUAAAAACGAACCCUCAUUUCAAAAUUAUCAAAAACAUUGGUAAAAAAAAAUCAAAGGCAAAAAUUCAAUAAACAAACAUGGAUCAGGCACCAAUUUUAGCUGGUGGUGAUGGUUUCGACGAUGAUCCACCGCCAGAACCACGUGAAGGAUGGCUUUUAGUUCGAGUUCAUGUGCCCGAAUUGAAUGUGUUCAAAUGUCUUCAGUUCCCAUCGGAUCGGCUCGUUUGGGAUGUAAAACAACAGGUGUUAGCAUCACUACCAAAGGUUGCUUUCUGGUUCAGGGAACUGAAGGAGAGUUUUAAUUAUGGUCUAUUUUGUCCGCCAUCAAACGGUAAGGCGGGCAAAUUUCUUGAUGAAGAACGACGACUCGGCGAUUAUCCAUUUAAUGGGCCCGUUGGAUACUUGGAGUUAAAGUACAAGCGUCGUGUUUACAAAAUGCUCAAUCUUGAUGAGAAACAAUUGAAGUCAUUGCAUACGAGAGCCAAUUUACGUCGUUUUCUUGAGUGCAUAAAUGGUGGUCAUGUGGAAAAAAUUGCAAAAAUGUGCGCAAAGGGUUUGGAUCCAAAUUUUCAUUGCACCGAAUCGGGCGAUACACCAUUGACGCUUGCAACAUGUGCAAAAAAACCAAAUAAAUUGCUGAUCGCACUGGUGAAUGGCGGCGCAUUGCUUGAUUAUCGAACAAAGGACGGUGCAACGGCACUUCACAAAGCCGUCGAAAAUGAUUGCUUAGAAGCUGUCACUACGUUAUUGGAAUUGGGUGCGUCGCCAAAUUAUCGCGAUGCACGCGGUUUAACGCCGCUUUAUUUAUCGGUCAUCAAGAAAACGGACGCAAAAAUAUGUGAAAGUUUGUUGCACGAUCACGCAACGCUGGGUACACAAGACUCACAGGGCUGGCAAGAAGUGCAUCAGGCUUGUCGACAUGGUCUAGUUCAUCACUUGGAACACUUGCUGUUCUACGGUGCUGAUAUGGAUGGUCGUAAUGCUUCCGGUAACACUUCACUGCAUGUUUGUGCCGUUAACAACCAAGAAGCUUGCGCUAGAAUGUUACUAUUUCGUGGUGCCGAUCGUGCAGCACUCAAUUACGCCAAUCAAACACCUUAUCAGGUCGCAGUCAUAGCUGGCAAUUUAGAAUUAGCAGAAAUGAUCCAGAACUACAAACCCGAGGAUAUCGUACCAUUCCGAGGUCCACCUAGAUACAAUCCGCGUCGUCGAUCGGGUAUUGGAUGGGCAGCGACAUUACGAUCGGGUGGUCCACCGUCGCCAUGCCCAUCCGAGCAUCCAUUCAGCUCAGCAAGCUCCAGCCUAUCUGAAGGUUCAACAAGCAAUCGUAGCCAUGAGGAUGACAUCAGUAUUGUAACAGAUAAGAGUAUUGGAGACACAAGCGAUAUUAUAAGCGAUUCAUCUGGUGUUGGGACCAAUUCAGAUAGCGCUGUUUGUUCAAUAGGCCAUCCGAGUACAACAGUUGUUUGCAUCGAACCGUAUUCCAGUUCGACAAUUGGUCAUUUAUCGAUUCAGACAGGUGAAGUGAUCGAAGUGCUUGGAUCAACCGAUUGUGGUCUAUUGGAAGGAUAUGUACGUGGCACAAAUCGAUCCGGUUUCUUUCCAACCGAAGUCGUUCAAGAGGUUAAUAUUCGACAGAAAAAUAUCACAAAUGUAUCGACAGAACAGAAAAACACCUUCCAAAAACAACAACAGCAACCACCACAACAACAACAAAAUCACAUGGAGAGUUUUUGUCAGCCACCACCGCAGCAGCAACAGCAACAACAACAACAACAGUCACCAAAUCAACAACAGAGCAUCUAUCAAAGAAACACGAUCAUUGGAUUGGAUUCCGUAGAACAACCCAUACCAGAUGAAUUUAUUGGCAAUGGGCAACCGUAUAGCAGUGCAACUGCACCUCGUCAAAAGAAAAUUGGAAUAAUGGAUCCAAGAACCGUUGUUCUUCAUCGUGCCAAAAGAGGAUUCGGUUUUGUAUUACGUGGUGCUAAAGCGGCAUCGCCAUUGAUGCAACUUAAACCGACUGACCGAUGUCCCGGUCUACAAUAUUUGGAUGAUGUUGAUCCGGGUGGUGUUGCUGAUAUGGCUGGAUUGUCUCCUGGCGAUUUUUUGCUUGCUAUAAAUGGUGAAGAUGUGCGAUGCGCAUCACAUGAGCAUGUUGUUGAUUUGAUUCGAUCGUCUGGUUCGCUUGUUACAAUGACCGUUGUCUCACAAAUUUUUCCCAACAAUUUCCAACAACAGCAACAGCAUCAACAACAGUAUUCUUCGGCAAUGAAUGCAAGACAAUGUGCAACACUGCCAAGAAAGAUGACACUUGGCGGCAAAUUACCAGCACCAAUGCCACCACGACGUGAUCCAAAAACUACACUUAGUGUCGGUCGAGCACGUGCCAAAUCGAUGGUCGCUGGCUUGGAAGGAGAUGAUGACGACUUGCCAACGGCAGUUAAAUCCAGUUCGGUUGAAUCUGUGCAUCAACAGUCGCUGUCAUCGGCUUCGACACCAACCCAAGGUCCUGGUACACCGGUACAACUACGAACGGCCAGCAUUAAAUCACGGCCAACAUCAAGUCGCAUUACGGCCGCCGAAUUAGUCGAAUUGUUUCAACGACAAACAGGUGAAAUUGGUGAGAAUCGUUACUCAACGAUGAUGUGCAGUUCACGUUUCCAAUCGAACAACGAUACACCGCCAUCAUCACCGCAAAAAGGACCAAUUGUUUAUGCAAGCGUUGCCGAAAUGAAACGCAAAAAGAAUAAAAUGGGAACGCUAAAAAUUGGAAAACCGUGCGCAACACCAUGCAUUGAAACCGAUUUGAAACGUUUCCAUAGUACACCAGAUUUGGUGACCGGUAUAAGUCAAUCGAAUGCAUCGAUAUUUGCACAGGCAAAUGGCUUCAAAGGCCAUCGAUCGCAAGACGAUAUGUAUUCAUUGCAUUCGUCGAUGCAACGCUUGAAUUUACCACCACCAAAUCAUCCACCUCCACCGCCGCCAAUCGGUCAAGUUGUUAAAGUUGAUGUGUCACGCGGUUCCGAAUAUGAGAGCACCGUACAAUUGCAAAAGCAAUUACAAGCAAAAGCCAUUAAUAGCAACACAGCCGAUGUAUUUGGCAGUGAGAUACGUUCUAGUUUUAAACCCGCCACAAAUGCCAAACUAUAUGCAUGCCCACAAACACUGCGAAAUGUCGCCUAUCGAAAUAGCACCGAAAACACCGCUGCACCAACAAACGAAACAAAUUGCCAGACUGUGGCGACGAAUCAGGUACAACAACGACCGUCAGCAAAUCAAUAUGCGCAACCGAUUCGAGCUGGCACAUUGCCGCAUCCAGUGCAUCAGCGAGCAUCGUUACCACAGUUGAUAAUGCCGCAAAUCCCAGAUCCGGAUUAUAGUCUGAGCGAAUCGGAUGGCGAAGACGAAAACUCUGUUCUAGUGGCACUCAAUACAAAAAUGAACGAACGAAUCGCUAUACCGGCCGAGACCAGUGGCAAUAGCAAUGCAAGUGGCAGUAGCUCCGGAUCGGGCAGUUCAAUUCCGCAUUCAUUUUCAGUGGAUGAGAUUCAAAAGAUGCGUGUCAAAUUGAAAUCAUCAAAAUCAUAUCCAAAUGAAUUGUUAAAUCAGCAAAAUGCGAAUGGCAAAAACGACUCGAAAAUACUCUCAAAAGACACAUUGUCGGCAAAUCAUGAUGAAUGCGAUAAUUCAUCGUCGGGCGUAUCAUCUGAUCAAGAGAUUACCGCAUCGAAUGUUGUCAAAACCAUAGCGAAAACGCCAAGCAAUUUAAAUAUGAUUAUUAGCACAAAUCCAAUGAUGAGCACGGAAAAUAAACAUGGCAUUUUGAAAACGAGCGUGACAAAUAAAAAUCCAGUCACAAAUCCAUUAGCAAAUAAUACAAGCGUUAAAAUUGUAGAAUCUAUUAAUAAGAAAUCGAUAAAUUUACCACCGCUGAGCAAUGUCACAAAGAAAAUAUCGGCGGCAGCAGCAGCAGCAGCAGCGGCGGCGGCGGCGGCAACGACGACAGACAUCGCGAAAAAUGCCAACAACGAUGACUUUGAUGAUUUCGAUGAUCUUCCAGCUAAAGGAUUCCAAAGACAGAUAUCGUUGACGCGCAAACAGGCCGCAACAAUUGCCAUGAAUCGAAAUCUAUAUAGCACGAGAAGUGCAGCCGUUUCACUUGCACAGCUACCACCGCCCAUUGAAGGCGACAGCGACGAUCCCGAUCAUCAGCAAAAUGAAUGCCACAAAAAUAACAUGAAGAAUUCUCGUAAUAUUAUCGGAAAUCGUAUAAACGCAACGUCGACAUGCAAUAAGAAUAACAACGAUGAAUCACCGUCACAGGAUAUUGUAUUGGCACCGCCGCCUGAAUUUUCUGAUUCGGUGUGCACGAAUGUGAAAUGUUUAUCAACCAAUCCGGGAACAGCAAAUAUGACUGGACGCAGUGUUCGUAUUGUGGGCGCUGUGCCAAAAUUAAGCCGAUUACAAAGUCAUUAGAAUUUCGUUUAAUGGUUAAGAAUAAACAUAGAAAAGCGCUAAAAUAGCACGUAAAUUUACAUUAUUUUUAUAGUAAUUAAAGUAAAAACAACAAAACAUUUGCUUCAUUCAUUCAUUAAUUUUAUUUUAUUUUGUGCAUGGCAUAAAAACACACACACAUACAUCAAAACACAGACAAUUUUCCUAACGAUGAGAUAAUCGAACGAAGCGAAAAUGCGCUGCUCAUUAAUUUAAUGUUUGUGUUUUGUUUUUGAUUUUAGAAAAAAAAGAAAAACGUGCGACAGUAACUAACACAAGUUCUAGUACACAAGAGAUAGUUUUGCGAAAAAAUAAAAAAUAAAAUAACAUACAACAAAAAAUUAUAUGAGAUAUUUGUGGAAAAAAUUGAAAAUAAAAUUUUGCUGUUAGUAAUCUAUAUAUUGCAACAUAUUCGAAAUAUAAUGAUUGUACAUUUUUCAAAUGAAAAAAUAAAUAAAUAAAUAAACAAAAUACACACAAUUGAAAUUAUAAAGGCAAACAAAAAUAUGUUCGUUUAGAUCAUCAAAUCCGAUUAAAAUAAUUAAAGAAUAAAAUCAAUUCGAUGAUGAAGAAAAACAAAAUGUUUAAAUGUAUAACAUAAUUAAAUAUGCAUAUAUUGUAUACUUUUCAUUCAAUGCAAAAACAAAUCAAACGAAUAUUGUUCAUUUAAACAUUUGAAUAAAAUAAAAUAAAACAAAAUAAAAAAGUUGCACACAAAGACAUACACCCAUUUACAGCAUUCAUAAAUUCAUCAUUCAUCAAAGCAUUCGAUCACAUUUGACACACCACCAACAACAACAACAACAAAAAAACAAAAAUUUCCAUUAAAAUAUCCAGCGUUUAGUAGAAUCAAAAUUAAUAAAUGGAAAUCUAUGAGACGAUGUCUAAUUAAUAAUCAACUAAAACUCAACACGAAUUGUUCAAACGAUUUUUUAUACGUGUCCAUAUUACAUCGAUUUUUAAAAAAAAAUUAACGAAAACAUAAAGAAAAACGGUCGCAAUUUGUUUGUUCCAAGACGCACUUCAAUUGAACGGAAAAAUAAAAAUCCCAGAAUAGAAAAAUUGCAGUCAAAAAUUGGUUAUAAAAAAGGGACAAAAAACAAGACAUAUACAUGAAUAUCCAGAUUGCAAAAUAUAUUGUAGAUCAUAGCACGAAUAUAAACAGUUUUUUUCUCGAAAUAAUUUCACUAAAAGACAUUUGAAUAGCAUCCGAAACUUAGAUAAACCAAUCAACGUCAUUGUAUUUGCUAGUGUUAAUAUUCGAUUGAUCGACGUUAUUAUCUACUCAAUAUAGAUUAAAUUUGAUAUAAAUUGUGUUUCUAGUAAAUUAUAUAAUUCAAAUAUUGCUCAAAAAUGUGCAUGUAUGCGAAAUACAGGUGUUUUGAAGACGAAACGAAUAAAUCGAAAUCGAUACAAAUCGGGAUCAAUAGUUUGUAAUCGGUCAUUUUCAACGUUGACCGUUUUUACGAACACAACAAAACUGCCAAUAAAACAACAACAUCUCUUCCAAUGUGUUCCCGAUCCAUUUUCAAAAUAAUUACAAACACACAUAUUUAUAAUAUAUGAGGAAAAAAACAAACAACCUGCUUAAUCCAUAGGAAUGAAAUAGGCGAAAAUAUUACAUUGGAAUUUAAAAAAAAAAAACAAGAAACAAAAUAAUACAAAUAAAGUAUCGACACGAUAUCCUAAUACACCAUUUUAGACUCUAAAUAUGCCUUAACAUUAGUCACUUUACAUUGUUCCACUCUCACACGUCACCAUCCACUGGACUUUUCAUUUUGAUACCGAUCAUUUGCUUUUUUGAUACAACAUUUUUCUUCUUUUAUUACAUAUUUUCGUAAACACACACACACACACACAAAGAUUAAAUUUCAAAUCAGCAAAAAAAAUUGAAAAAAAAAAAAUCGAAAACAACCAUGGUGGUUUCAUUUUUUAAAUUGAGCGGAAUUAAAUAACGCAACGAAUGAUUUGCACCAAUUUAACAAUACAUAAAAUACAUUUUGAAUGUGAUUCAUUUUUAUAUUGCAUUCAAUUUGAAUUAGUUCGUAAUUUUCCAAUAACGACACAACCACAUUUUUUUAAUAAAUAUCAGUAUAAAUGCAUUUGUCGAUGCGCAAGUAAGACGUUCGAAAUUCCAAUUUUUACAACAUUUUUUUAGCACAAUUUUUGGAAUUCACAAACAUUCACCUUUUUGAUAAUAACAUUGACUGAUUGAAUUUAUGGGCCGUGUGAGAGAGCGAAAAGAAAAAUUAAAUUUUCCAACCAAAAAUACUUUCUUUAUUUAUAAAAAAGAUGUUUAUUCAUUUCUUUUGAAAUUUACAUUUUCAAUUGCCUGUUAAAUGCAGUUCCUCACCAUUUUAUUCUAAUAGAUACAAAUAUCAACGUUGUAAAGAUAAAAUUUCAAUUCAAAAACGUUUUGUACUCAAUCAAAUGUAAUUUGAUUUUUACACCUCUUCCAGCACAGAAAUUUUGAUGUUAAUAAUCAUCGGUUGCACUUCAAUGGUUCUUUGCAACGGACAAAUUUGAUUCAUCGUGAUUAAUGCCAGCUAAACUGUUGCAUAUGCAAGAUAGCUCGGUUAUGCAAUAUCUUAAUGUUUCCGAGUUCUUCAUCGUUAUUCUAUCGGAUUGUCUGUAAUCUUUUAUUUCCACAACCAUCUGCCGGUUGACUAUUUCACCUCAUCACGAAUAUAUAUUUAAAAUACCAAAUUAAUGAGUAUGAACGAUUGUGUUAACAUUUGAAAGCAUUGGCACAUUCAGUAGCAGAUUGUCCUUAACAUUGGACGAAGGUGAUCUAAUACCUUCGAAUUGUGCACACACUUCAACCUUCGAUGUCACACAAUCGACAAAAAAUCUCGACUCGAAUCAUUGUUCUGAAUAUGAUAUUGUGCAUAUCACAUAAAUUGAUCGAAAUUUUUCUCUCCUUUUCAUCUACUAUUGUAAUUUAUUUUUCUUUUGUCAAUUCUUUAAUGCACUCUUAAUGUGGAUUGAAAAAAAAAA